AUGGGUGACCCGGGAGCCGGGGGCAGCGGCACCGCGCUGAGCUCCCUGCUGCCUCCUGGGAUCGAGCUUCCCAAGAUUCAGAACGUCGUCGCGACGUGCUACCUGAACGUGCCGCUCGACCUCCAGGAGCUGAACAGCAGGCUCAAGAACGCCGAGUACAACCCCCGGCGGUUCAAGGCGGUCAUCAUCCGGAACGCAGAGCCCAAGGCGACGGCGCUGGUCUUUCACACAGGGCGCAUCGUGGUCACAGGGACCAAGGGCGAGCAGAAGGCCAGGGAGUGUGCGAGGUUCUUCGCGAAGCGGAUCAAGAAGGCGCUCGGGUUCGGCGACGAGCUCAAGUUCUCGGAGUUCCGCAUCCAGAACGUCGUCGGGUCCUCGGAGGUCGGCUUCCCCGUCCGCCUCGAGGGCCUCAAGCUCACGCACUCCAAGGUGUGCCGCUACGAGCCAGAGAUCUUCCCGGGGGCCAUCUACUACCUCGGAGACCCCAAGGUGGUCCUCCUGAUCUUCGUGUCCGGCAAGGUCGUCAUCACGGGCGCCAAGUCCGAGAGCAUGGUCAGCGAGGCGUUCUGCAAGAUGUUUGUCUUGCUGCAAGAGUUCCAGAUGGCCAGGUCGGAGGUGGACGCGGAGAAGGCGCGCGUGAAGCAGCAGGUGCAGGAGAAGAAGAAGGGCAAGUAG